GUCUACUCGGCAUACGGAUGACCACAGUCACGCAGAGAACGUCCUCACCGCCACGGCACCAGCUCCCUCCAUACAGACUCUCAACACACAUCGCCUCUGAACGCCCAUAGGAUCUGUGAAUUAAGCAAAGAAGUAAAUCAGUUAAGCCCCAGCCCAUACAUUCAUAAGGAAUCUCGUGCCCUUGAGUGAUAUCAUCAGCCCCUCGAAGUGUAAGAGAUAUUGAGUUCAAAGCCCGAAUGGUCUACAUGAAUAAUAACAUAAGGUACAAAAUGUGAUUCAACACAUCUGCAAAUAUAUAAAGGCGGCGAAAGAACACCUGAGCGACAUCACGCAAGGGAAACAGUUUUCGUGACACCUCUUUGCUCCUUGCCCUGUCAGUGUACCCGAUUCUGUGAUACGAUGAGGAACGCGGUGGUUGUGUUUCUGUGGGGCGUGGCUGCUGCCUCUCUCCUCUCCGUGUCACCUGCACAGGCUGAGGAGGAGGCAGAGAUUCCUCCCCCAACAGAAACGCCUCUUGUCGAUGUAAAAAAAGACCAAGGCAAUUCGACGAUCUUCCUCGACCCGUUUCCAGAGAGUGACGUGGCCCCGCAGCGCGACAUACUUCCUCAGGACGACGUGGUUCUUCACACAAACACGACUUUGGAUGACGAAGACGAAGAAGGAGAAUUGGAGGAAGGCUUUUUAGAACGAGAUCUCGGUAAUGUCAAAAGUCAAAGGGGUGAUGGGCAAAGAACUAAAUACUCUAAUAAUAAGGGGCUAGUAAACAAAGGUAAUGAACAAAAUCCUGAAGGGCUUAAAAGAAGGAAGAAGGUAGAUGCAAGGGCUAAGGGGCAGCAAGGGAAUCGCCGAAGGCCUAAGGAUGGCAAACUUAAAUUAAGGAAAAAGGAAAAGAAAACUAAAGCUGGUCAGAAGCAGAUACGAAAAGUAGUAAAGUCUAAGGAUGGCGCCCUCCCCUCCAAGAAAAAUGAGGAGUCUUCGCCUAAGGAUGAUAGUAGAAGACAAAAACCUUGCCAGCCAAAGAGAUCGUGCACCAAGAAACGCGGGAAGUGCAGGUCCUCGUGCAAGAAGAAGGAGAUCGUGUCGAAGAAGGGAAAGUGCAAGGGAAAUUGCGAGUGUUGCGUCAAAAAGGUGAAGAAGUCGUGCAAGCAGAAGGGGCCGUGUGCGGAGCAGGGGACGUGCCGAACCAGCUGCCACGCGAGUGAGACACCCGCCAGCUACCUGCCGUGCAAGGGCCCCAAGUGUAUCUGUUGCCUCUCAAAGACGGACCAAGGAGUGUGUUCAACGAGCCCUGAAUGUGCGAAAGUGAGAGGGACCUGUAAAGCUGCUUGUUCCGGAGAGAAAGUUGUGAGUGGCCUGUGCAAGGGGCCGCACUGCACCUGCUGCGUCCCUCCGGUCUCUUGCCCCAGCACGGACAGCUGUAGGCAGAGCGGAGGGUCCUGCAAAUCUGUCUGUGCGGACACAGAGGUGCUAAGGCCGGGCAACUGUAACCAAGGAUGCUUCUGUUGCGGCCCUGAACCCACCGACUGUACCCAGACGCCGGUUUGCCCUGGAAGGUGUGCCCCGAUGUGUCUGGGCGUGGUGAGUCUCGAAGCGCACUGCCUCGGCGACUCGUGCCUCUGCUGCCUAGACUGCUCCCCUAAUCCAACCUGCAUAGACGCCCAGGGCAAGUGCAAGUCAGUGUGUGGGUGCGGGGAGAAGGAAAUCCCCAAUGGCUGCAAAGGAGGAGGAUGCAAGUGCUGCGUUGCUGCCAUACCAACCUGCGAAUUGCAGCAAACUGGAUGUAGCAGCUGUAUGUACACCCCGCUGUGCAAAGGAGACCCCCCGGCCGCGUCCUGUAGCGGUGGCCCCGGGUGUUCCUGCUGCCCCCCUUAAGUACACCAGCACCCAAGGGAAGGCACUGAAGGCAGGCAUGUCCAAGAGGGUGGGACUGUGGCUUCGGUGAGACUGAUUGAUAGAGAUACCCGUCGUUGCAGCAGUGGUAAUAGCCAUGACUGGUGUGUUGAGAAAGCAUGUCGUGGUGUUACUUGUGGCAUGGUAGUAGUAGUAGUUGUAAUAGUAGUAGUAGAAGUAGUGUUUGUUGCUGAUGCUGUUGUAAAAGGAGUAGAUGUAAUAGUAGUGGUAAUAUAAGUAGUAGUAGUAGUAGUAGCAGUAGUAGUAGUAGUAGUAGUAGUAGUAGUAGCAGUAGUAGUAGCAGUAGUAGCAGUAGUAGUAGUAGCAGCAGCACCAGUAAUUAGUCGCAAUUCUUCAUUCGUGUUGUUACUUGAGAUGUGCAAAAAGAUAAGAAAAAAAAUUCAGCUAGACUCCCUGCGUAGCUUCACACACACACACACACACACACACACACACACACACACACACACACACACACACGUACACACACACACAAAACGGUGGCGGACGAAUGUGAGAGCGAGCAGGGAGUGAGAGUGAACAAGUAUUGGGGAUCUCUCUGCUCUCCCUCACCCUAGCCGCUGCCUUGCUCCCUCCUACUCCUGCUUAUCUGUUAUUGUCUGGCUUGUGUGGCUCAGAAAGUUCAUCCCGUCCGCUCCUUGCAGCAGACACGUCCACUUGACACCCCCUCCACCCCUCUACCACCCCCGUCAGCCUUCAGCGCCUCACCCAUGGCCUCACUCCACCCCACCCCUCCCUCCCGGCACCAACGCCUCCCCGAGUCCCCAUCUGUCAACGCGUCGAGGCAGGCCGUGGGUGGGUGAGGCUGCAACAGGAAGGGAGGGAAGGAAGGGGCGAGACGGGACAAGACGGGAAGUCGAUCUUUUUUUUUUUUUUUUUUUCCUUACCCUCGCUCUUUUUUUUUCAUUUAUCCCAUAUUUUAUUUUGCAAUGUGAGGUUUAUUUAUUUUAUUUUUUUACUGUUAUUAUUAAUACUACUAUUAUUGUUUUUGGUACUACUAUCGCUAAUGAAAUUAUUAUUAUUAUUAUUAUUAUUAUUAUUAUUAUUAUUAUUAUUAUUAUUAUUAUUAUUAUUAUUAUUAUUAUUAUUAUGACAUUGUGUAUGGAUAUCAGCAUUACUUCUAUUAUUAUUAUUAUUAUUAUUAUUAUUAUUAUUAUUAUUAUUAUUAUUAUUAUUAUUAUUAUUAUUAUUAUUAUUAUUAUUAUUAUUAUUAUUAUUAUUAUUAUUAUUAUUAUUAUUAUUAUUAUUAUUAUUAUUAUUAUUAUUAUUAUUAUUAUUAUUAUUAUUAUUAUUAUUAUUAUUAUUAUCGUCAUCAUCAUUAUUACUUGUGUCAUCCUGCCUUUAUGAGAUACGCCUUCACACGUUACAUUUAAAGCUAUGAAAAAUCUGCAAGUUAUGAUAUUAAACGAGUUGGUACUAUUGUAAUUUUCUUUUUCUUUUUACGUGAGAAAUGAUUUUCAAAUUCAGAGAGAAGGGCAAUCAUUAUUCAACAUACGAUUAACACUUAAAAGUCUCGUACCGCUUGGAUGAUUUAUACUCAUUGACAGCUGCUACCCGUCUCCUCGUUGGGUCACCGACUUUAUGAAUGGCCAGGGACGUUCACUACUGCACAGGCGGGGCUGGUGGCGGGUGUUGGCAUAUACAUUACCGGGUUGUGUGUGCUCAGGUUUCAUUCACUGUAACAUGAUUUCUCAGACACUCGAGGGACACAUGAAGGUUGCACGCAUACCUGAAAUUGUUCUUUGUGUUCAUACAGUCAUACUUUAUGCCUUGAUGUGUGCAUGGUGGCACUUGCUUUCUUGUAAGUCUGUUGAAAAGGAAAUAAAUACAUAUGCACAGUGUGAA